AUGGGGAAGACCGGGCAGAGCACAGUGGACCUGAACUCCCCAUCAGAGGUCAAACAAGCAAUUCCCUUCGAGGAACAGGAUCCUGUGGUGCCCCCUGCAGAUGAAAAGAAGAAAAAGGAAGAGCCGCCUGACAGGGGAAGCUGGAAGGGCAAGUUUGAUUUCCUGCUGUCCUGCGUGGGAUACGCCAUCGGUUUAGGAAACGUCUGGAGGUUUCCUUAUUUGUGUGGCAAGAACGGUGGAGGGGCCUUCCUGAUCCCGUACUUUCUGACUCUGGUGUUUGCUGGGAUUCCUCUGUUCUUCCUGGAGACGGCGCUGGGACAGUUCACCUCGGUGGGAGGACUGGGAGUGUGGAAACUCAUCCCCAUGAUGAAAGGUGUUGGUCUGGCUGCAGUGGUCCUGUCGUUCUGGCUCAACAUCUACUACAUUAUCAUCAUUGCCUGGGCUCUCUACUACUUAUUCAACUCCUUUGGAUCGGAGCUGCCAUGGCAAAGCUGCGAUAACCCCUGGAACACAGACAGAUGUUUCUCCAACUACAGUAUUGAAGACACCACCAACCUGACCAGCGCUGUCACCGAGUUCUGGGAGCGCAACAUGCACCAGCUGACUGACGGUCUGGAGGAACCAGGGGAGCUACGCUGGCCCUUGGUGGGCACUCUGGCGCUGGCCUGGGUCCUCGUCUACUUCUCAAUCUGGAAAGGAGUGGAGUGGACGGGGAAGGUGGUGUAUUUCUCUGCCACCUAUCCCUACGUCAUGCUGUUCAUCCUGUUCUUCCGAGGGGUCACGCUUCCCGGAGCCAUCGACGGGAUCCUGUUCUACAUCACCCCCGACUUCAACAAGCUCAUCCGAUCGGAGGUGUGGCUGGACGCAGCUACUCAGAUCUUCUUUUCCUACGGACUGGGCCUGGGCUCACUCAUCGCACUGGGAAGCUACAACACCUACAACAACGAUGUCUACAGGGACUCCAUCAUCGUGUGCUGCAUCAACUCCUGCACCAGCAUGUUUGCUGGAUUCGUCAUCUUCUCCAUCGUAGGCUUCAUGUCUUACAUCACUAAGAAACCUGUGCAGGAGCUGGCAGCGUCAGGUCCAGGUCUGGCGUUUUUAGCUUAUCCUCAGGCCGUCACCCAGCUCCCCAUGUCCUCUCUAUGGGCCAUCCUCUUCUUCUCCAUGCUCAUGAUGCUGGGCCUGGACAGUCAGUUCUGCACAGUAGAGGGCUUCAUCACAGCUCUGAUGGAUGAAUAUCCUCUGACGCUGAGGAAGAGGAAGAAGGUCUUCAUCCUCAUCGUUUGCUUCAUCUCCUUCCUCAUCGGUUUCUCCAACAUCACUCAGGGUGGUCUGUACGUGUUCAAGCUGUUUGAUUACUACUCUGCCAGUGGGAUGUGUCUCCUCUACCUCGUCUUCUUUGAAACCAUUUCAAUAUCCUGGUUUUAUGGAGCUGAAAAUUUUUAUAAGAACAUUGAGGACAUGAUUGGCUAUCGGCCGUGUCGCUGGUGGAAGCUUUGUUGGAUGUUCUUCACGCCUCUGAUCUGCCUGGGAGUGUUCACCUUCAGUGCCAUAGAGAUGACCCCUCUGACCCUGGGCAAGUACGUCUACCCCCUGUGGGGCCAAGUGAUCGGCUGGUUCAUGGCUUUGUCCUCAAUGGUACUCAUCCCAGGCUACGUCAUCUACUUGUUCUGCUCCACCAAAGGCAGCAUCAAACAGCGUUGGCGGAUGAUGACAACUGCCCAGGAGGAUAAAAAGCCAUCGGGGCAUGAAGAAUUCACACACACAGGGAGCGUGGGCGAAGCUCCUGUCUAG